GAGCAUUUUCUCCCUCAUGGAGAGGGUCAGGUAGGCAAGUAUGACUUAAACCCUAAACCAUUAGUGAUUGCUGAAAGAUUCAGGUUACACAGAAGGAAUCAAUCUGAAAGUGAAAGUAUUUCUAAAUACAUUGCAGAGCUGAGGAAGUUAUCUGAACACUGUGCAUUUGGAGCAGGGUUAUCAGAUGCUCUAAGAGACCGUUUAGUUUGUGGGAUGAAAAGUGCAAGUACACAAAAGAAAUUGCUGGCUGAGCCUGACCUGACUUUUGAGCGAGCACUGGCCAUAGCUAUUUCACUGGAGACUGCAACCAGGGAUGCAUCAGAAUUGCAGCAAAAGGCACCAGAAUGUACUCCCAAUCCAGUUAAUUGGUAUCAGAGACAGUCCUGUGUUUGCUGUGGGAAGUCCUCACAUGAUGUCAGUCAGUGCUGGUUUAAAGACAAAGUGUGUAGAAAAUGUAAGAAAAGAGGACAUAUUGAAAGGAUGUGCCAGUCAGGGAAAACACCAAACCGCUCGCAAGUAUUAAAAGUUCCCGGGAGAAAAUAUACAACAUCCCAGGUGCAUAAAGUAGCCAACAAUGAAUCAGACUCUACUGAUAGUACUGGUACAGAAAAAGGGUUAUGCAGCCUAGAGAUGCACUCUAUGACGGCAAAAGAGCGUCAAGUGAUUUGGGUCACUUUGGAAGUAGCAGGUAUUGACUUAAAAAUGGAAUUAGACACAGGCUCUGCUCUGUCAAUGCUAAAUGAAAGUGAUUACAAACAUCUGUUUGCUGCUAUUCCUUUAAAGAAAACAUCCGUAACACUCCGCACAUAUACGGGUGAACUGGUGUCCCAACUGGGAAAAAUAAAAGUUUAUGUGAAGUACAAAGGCAAUGCCCAUAAGCUGUACUUGUACAUACUUCCACAUGGUGGACCGGCAUUAUUGGGCCGCGAAUGGAUAAGGAAAAUCCAACUUGACUGGCAUUCCAUUCACAGGCUACAAUCUACUGCAUCUGAUGUAUCCAACAAUGACGCAACUAUUAAGGAACUUUCUAAAUUGUUAGCUGCCGCACAACCCAUUUUCCAACCAGGGAUAGGCACAUUAAAGGACAUUAAGGCCAGUAUAGAGUUGGAUCCACAUGCCGUUCCAAAGUUUUGUAAAGCUCGCACAGCACCUUAUGCCAUCCGACCAGCGGUUGAGGAGGAACUACGGAAACUGGAAGACUCUGGUAUACUCUCCCCAGUGGAAUGGAGUGAAUGGGCUACGCCCAUAGUUCCGAUAGUAAAGAAAGACAAAGUGGGAACUAUCCGUAUUUGCGGAGAUUUCAAAAUGAUAAUAAAUCCAGUACUAAGGACUGUGCAGUAUCCUUUGCCUAAAAUAGAGGGCAUCUUUUCAGCUCUCUCAGGGGGUGACCGCUUCUCCAAAAUUGACCUAGCUCAAGGUACUUGCAAAUGGAAAUGAAGGAAGGAAUCUAAGAAAUAUUUAACCAUCAAUACUCACAAAGGUUUAUUACAAUAUAACCGUCUGGUGUUUGGACUUUCUUCUGCCCCAGCAUUAUGGCAGAGAGCAAUGGAUCAAGUCCUACAAGGAAUACCAGGUACGCAAUGUUACCUGGAUGAUAUAAUUGUAACAGGCAAAGAUGAUGUGGACCAUUUAAAUAAUUUGGAAAAAGUAUUAACCCGACUACGGGAAUAUGGACUCAGAGUAAAUAAAGAUAAAUGUGCAUUUUUCCAAGAAAGCAUUUCCUAUUGUGGACAUGUGAUUGAUAGAGAAGGCCUGCACAAAUCAAAUGAUAAAAUUGAGGCAGUACUACAAGCAUCCCAGCAACAGUCUGUGUCACAACUGAGAUCUUACCUGGGCCAAGUGAAUUAUUAUCACAAGUUCUUACCAGACCUCUCCACAGUAAUACACCCACUAAAUGCCCUACUACAGAAAAAUGCACAAUGGAAGUGGACAAAAGACUGUGAGAAAGCAUUCUCAGAAACAAAAAGAUUGAUUACAUCUGAUAAAGUCCUUACUCAUUUUGAUCCGAAACUACCCAUCAGGCUGGCGUGUGAUGCGUCACCGUACGGCAUUGGAGCAGUGUUAUCACAUCAACUGAGAGAUGGUAGCGAGAAGCCAAUAGCGUUUGCUUCACGGUCUUUGACAGUGGCAGAGAAGAAUUAUGCGCAAAUUGACCGAGAGGCCUUAAGUUUAGUAUGGGGAGUGAAGAAAUGUCAUCAAUUUUUGUAUGGGCAAAGGUUUACAUUAAUUACGGAUCAUCAACGACUGGUAUCAAUUUUUAACCCCCACAAGGGAGUCCCAGCCAUGAUUGCAGCUCAGCUUCAACGUUGGUCAUUAUUCCUGGGUGCUCAUAUAUAUGACAUCGAGUUUAAAGGAACAAAACUACAUGGCAACGUUGAUGGUCUGUCACGUUCUCCCUUGCCCCAAAGUGAGGAGGACAGUGAUGGAGACCCCCUGGUAGUGUAUCACAAUAUGUUGAUGGAACAGCUACCUAUUACCAAUGCCACGAUCAAUCGGGAAACAAGGAAAGACCCGGUACUAUCAAAAGUAAUGGACUUAACUCUCAAAGGUUGGCCUAAACAUGGCGAUACUCAAUAUUACGGGUUUUCAAGCAGGAGAGAUCAGCUUUCUGUCUGUCAAGGAACUCUAUUGUGUGGGUCACGAGUGGUAAUACCACCUAAACUGCGAAACAGAGUUUUGGAAAAUUUGCAUGAGGGUCAUCUAGGCACAGUAAAAAUGAAGAAUCUUGCUGGAAGCUAUGUGUGGUGGCCAGGAAUCGAUGGUCAAAUUGAAACUUUGACAAAGGGUGUGAAGGAUGUCAAAGAGUUCAAAAUGCAUCACCUUUAGCCCCGUUACACCCCUGGGAAUGGCCUUCAUCUCCAUGGCAGCGGGUACAUAUUGACUUUGCUGGUCCAUUCAUGGAUUGUAUUUUUAUUAUUGCAGUGGACGCUCAUUCAAAAUGGCCAGAGGUAAUAAAGAUGAAAUCCACUACUUCUGAGAAAGCAAUUGCUGUGCUGCGAACCAUCUUUGCUAGAAAUGGUCUACCGGAGCAAGUGUGCAGUGACAAUGGACCACAGUUUGUGUCCAUGGAAUUCAAAAAGUUCAUGCAAGACAAUGGAAUUAAACAUUUUACAUCAGCUCCACACCAUCCAGCCACUAACGGUUUGGCUGAGAGAUUUGUCCAAACAUUCAAAAAAGCUAUCAAGUCCAUGCACCAUGAACAUCUACCUUUGCAACACAAGAUUGACAACUUCUUGUUUAUAUAUCGUAGGACUGAGCACUCCACUAUUCAACGGAACUUACGGUCUCAGUGGGACUUGAUAAAACCGUAUGUAAGGCGGAAGGUACAUAACAAACAGUUUUAAUCAGUUUAUCAGAAACCUACUCGGUUCUUUCACAUUGAGCAAGAGGUUCUGGUCCGUGAUUAUAGAGGAGACAAAUGGCAACCGGGAAUAGUUUCUUCCAAAUCCGGCCCUCUGAUGUACGUGAUUGAAGUUGGAGGAGAAUUGUGGCGUCGCCACAUUGAUCAAAUCAUUGAGGCUGGGAGGCAAACUGACUGUACAUCGACAGCUGGACAUAGUCAAGCCAGUGAUGUGGGGAUUUAUGUAUACCCCUCUGGAACUGAUACAGAGACUGUUCCUGACACUGUGGAGGAAAUGUACCCCUCUGGGUCAGAUACAGAGACUGUUCCCAAACCUGUUAUGGAGUCACCUGAGCAUGAGGUUCCCUUAGCAACAACUGAUCCUGAACCUUCAAGUGUGAUUUCUGUGGAGCAGCCAGUCACUCUGGGAGUUAAACAUCGGUAUCCAGACAGAGUUCGUAAGGCAUCUCAAAGGCUUGAUUUGUAGCCUUCUGGGAUAAAAACCACCAUCCUCAUGCUUGUAUAUCUGAGUCUAUCAUUUCUCUCUGGCCACACUUUUCACACUCCAAGAAAGUUUGUCUGCAAUGUCUGUGAUCUGUCUUCAAUGCAAAAUCCCCUCUGUUAAUUAGCUGAACUUCUGAUUGCACAUCUCCCCCUUUACCAACUGAUAUAGGGGGCAAUU